GACUGCAAGUCUUUUAGCAGCUAUGGCAGCGCCCGUUCGGAAUCACGUGUGGGUAGGAACCGAGACUGGAAUACUCAAAGGCAUUAAUCUUCAAAAAAAACAAGCUUUUAAUUACACAGAUGUGGCUUCCAUAACUAAGGGCCAGGAGGUUACUGCCAUGUGCUGGGGCGAUCCACAAGAGUCUGAGGUUCUUCUCGGUUGUGGAGAUGGCACAGUCAGAGUUUUUAGCAGCGAAAAAUCCAAAUUCACUGAAAUUCAUGAGUGCAGAGGAGGGGAAGGGACAUUUAAAGGACUUGCUGUUAUGGAUAAUGCUCUUGUAACAUGCGUGGAGUCUGGACUCUUAAAAGUGUGGAAGGCUGGGGACUCUGAUAAUCUAGAGGUGCAGGUUGGAGCUGGGAUUGAGAAGAUGCGACAAUGUGAAACUCAGCAUCAGCGAUUUGGAACAGGAGGCAAAGAGACUGACCUAAAAAUCUGGGAUUUGGAGAGACCUGAGGCCCCCCUUUUUAAAGCUAAAAAUGUAAGGAAUGAUUGGCUGGAUCUCCAUGUGCCUGUCUGGAUAAGGGAUCUUGGAUUCCUUCCAGGGUCAGAGAAAAUUGUAACCUGCACAAGUCACCACCAGGUCAGAGUAUAUGAUCCAAGCAGCCCCCAGAGACGUCCAGUCUUAGAGGUUCUGUAUGAGGAAGAUCCACUUACUGCGCUGAGUAUCACUCCAGAUGGCAGGUCUGUCGUUGUUGGAAAUUCCCGUGGCAAUGUGGCAGUUAUCGAUCUGAGGAAAGGCCGACUGCUGUGCGCUCUCAAGGGAAGUGCUGGAUCCAUACGCUCCAUCCAGUGCCACUCAUCCAUGCCUAUUGUGGCUUCCUGUGGGCUGGAUAGGUUCCUCCGAAUUCACAACUAUCAGAACAAAGAACUGCUGCACAAGGUGUAUCUAAAGUCGCAGUUAAAUUGCCUUCUCUUAACUUCACGUGAAAAAUGGGAGGAGGAAGAUGCGACUUCACCUGCAGAACAGGAUGUUAAGGAGGAGGAAGAUGCAGUGUGGGACAACAUGGAGACAGUGGUAGACAAAACCAGCAAAAAACGCCAGGAGGUUCAAAUUAGGGCUAAUUCGGAGACUGGAACUAAAAACCCCACACGUAAAAAAAAGAAAUGUGCUUGAUUUCUACUUCUUUUUGGAGUAAUUUAUUGAUAGAAAAUAUGCAAAUAUAAACCGGACUAUUGCCCAAACUGCCAUCUCUGCUUGUUCCUCCUUUAUCCCCAACAGAAGGAGAGAGAUCUAUACAGCAGUGAAGCGCCCAUCUGUAGGAUUUUAUACCACAUUCAUGUAAAUAUUUCUGUGCUCACUGUGCUCAUAUGGGGCACAGGGUAAGUUGCUCAAUAUAUGAAACAUCUGUCUAUGUAAUAAAUGGAUUCUUCCUA